AUGGGUUUUGCGGUUUGUGUUGGCAAUUCACCUCUCGUGUCUAUGGAACUGAGGUGGGUAAGAAGAAGCAAAUGUGACAAUGCUGCAUCUGCACUGCCUCGUUCGAUACCUAUUUAUAUCUCUACGCUGAAGAAAGACAUAGAUCUGGAGGAACUGAGACAUUUGUAUUCACACUGUAACCACUCUUGCAACCGUUUAUCAAGCAUUGUCGAAAAGACUGUUGACAUGAAGAAGCUGCGUACGGCUAUCUCCCGCAGCGAUGUUGUUGUCUCUGUGUUUUGCAAACAGGGUCUUGUUGAAGAGAGCACCCGUGAGAACGAUGAUGAUGCUGAGGUGGUUUUAUAUUCAGGGGAAGAAAGUUUGUCAUCGUCUUUGUUUCCUUCGAACUUCAGGAAACAAAACAAGGAUGAGAGUUCUCUGGGAGACUUGUUUCAGGAUGUGUUGCCUCUCAGUCCUUCAACCGGCCAGCUUGUUGGGUUCGGUCGUGCCUAUUCUGACCAUGGCUUGACCGCUUCUGUCCACGAUCUAAUGGUUUUACCUUCACUACAACAGAUGGGGAUCGGUAAACUGAUAGUUAAUCGAAUUAUCAGGCUUCUCACAAGCAGAGACAUCUAUGACAUAGCAGCUCUCUGCUUCGAGCAUGAAAGGCCAUUCUUCAGAGCCUGUGGGUUUGCAGAUGACAGGAUGGGUUCAACAACAAUGAUGUUCACGAAUAGCCUGGAGGCAUAA